AUGUCAUACUGGUCCAAGUUCACCCAGGCGGCUUCCACCAAGGUUGCCAAUUUCAAGCCCCCCAGCUUCACUGUCAUCAGCAGUGAUGCCGACCAUGCCGAACAGGAGGACGAAUCCGCCGUUUCUAGAGCUCUUCGUUCAUACUACAAGGAAAAGGAUGGCUUCGUUCCGGACUGGCUUGCUCCUGCUGCCGUCUCUCCCAUGAUACCGCAAAACCCGCAGAUGGCAGCUCCACAGCGUCCGAUGGCUCCGGCACAGAUGGCAACUGGAGGCUCACCGGCCAUGUUGGGUGAUAUUUUCGGAGACGGUCCUAAGGCUGCUCCACAGCCGUUACCAAUGCGUAGCGGAAUGCAAUCUGCACCACCUGCCCAACACCAACAACAUCAACCCCCCCCACCACCACCCCAACCCCAACAGCCUCAGCAAGCACCUCCUCCACAACGCCAACCGAUGGGUCUCCCCGGUGGCCCGAGAGGUGGAGUGAAGCCAUUCAUGGCAUUGAAGAGGGAGCAGCAACAGAGACAACACACCCAAACCGCUCCACCACAGCAGCAUCAGCAACCGCCGCCACCGGCUGCCGCCCCUCGUCAACAGUCUUAUGGAUCCGUGUCACCCCAGCCUAGUGGAGGGAGAGCACCACCCCCAACUUCGGGGUAUAGUAAUCCGGCGGGCGGAAGAAGGGGAUUUGCAGCUGCAGCAGGAGAAACUGGUGGUAGGUCUCCGGCCCCUCCCGGACAGGCCGGCGGUAGGGCCCCACCAGCUAACGACAAGCCUUUCAUGUCGGCGACAGCACCGUGGAGCGGAGGUGGUGAUGACUUUUCAGGUUAUGGAGGUACUCCUGGUUACUAUGGCAGAUAA